GGCGCGGAAAUUACUCAGUCAGCCAGCCAGAGAGAGAUUCAGAGAGCCUGGGCCCAGCCCAGGAUACCAACACCGAAUCGGGCAGGGGCAGCGCCGCAGCGGACAGCCCUGCGCAGCGGACCGCAGAGCAGCCUGGCCUCCCUGCAACCAAACACAGCCUAGGCUGUCCCCGGGCUCCCCCUGUGCUUUCCCUCGCUCCCACUCUCUGUGCUAUAUCGGAGGCUGAAAUGGUGACUAAAGCCGAGAUCCUGCCGCCCUUGCUCACGGAGCCGCUGUACCAGUCGGUGGACACUUACCAGAAGCUGGAAGAGGUGAUGAUGACCGGCACGUUAGUGACAGCCUCCACCGACCAGCCGUUUUAUGGGGAACCCCUGCAGCAGUUCGACCAUCUGUCAGCGGACACUUUUACAGAUAUAUCUCCCGGAGCCGAGAAGAAUCUCAUGGAGCCGUAUUCGGCGCAGAGCUGCCGCCUUCCGUCCAUCACCUACACGGGCCGUUUCUCUUUGGAACCGGCUUCCAGCUGCAACAGCCUGUGGCCGGAGCCCCUUUUCAGCCUGGUCAGCGGCAUCGUCAGUAUGAGCAGCAGCAACAACCCGGCUUCAGCCAACCAGGACAGCGACUCCGAGGCGAUGUGCCCGACAGCCUCGGCCGGCUUCAGCGGCUCCAGCUCGGACAUGUUCCCGGGUCAGUCGGACAGCUUUCCCAGUGGCCCCAGCUCGAUCCAGUACCCGACUUGCUCCAACAAGGGUUUUCAGCUGCCAAUGAUCCCGGACUAUCUAUUCUCGCAGCAAGACGACCUGAACCUGGAUAGUACAGAACAGAAACCAUUCCAGAGCGUGGAGCCGAGAGGCCAGCCCCCUCUCAUCCCACUGUCCACCAUCAAGGCAAUAGCCAACCAGGGUAACUGUCCUGAGGCGAAGAACACGGUCACUUACCACUCGCAACUGACCAAACCUUGCAGGCUGAGGAAGUACCCAAACCGGCCCAGCAAGACCCCUCCACACGAGCGGCCGUAUGCCUGCCCCAUGGAGACUUGCGACCGCCGCUUCUCCCGCUCGGACGAGCUGACCCGCCACAUCCGUAUCCACACCGGACAGAAGCCGUUCCAGUGCCGCAUCUGCAUGAGGAACUUCAGCCGGAGCGACCACCUCACCACUCACAUUCGCACGCACACCGGCGAGAAACCGUUUGCCUGCGAGGUCUGCGGGAGGAAAUUCGCCAGAAGCGAUGAGCGGAAGAGACACACCAAGAUUCACCUGAGGCAGAAGGAAAAGAAAGUUGACAAAGCCCUGUGUAUUUCCAGCCCGCCGGCAAUCUCCUUCCCUUCCCCGGUCACUAACUCUUACCCCUCCACAAUAGUGGGCACCUCCUUUGAAUCCCCAGUCACUAGCACUUACCCGUCCACUAUAGUGAGCACUUCCUUUGAAUCUCCAGUCACUAGCACUUACCCGUCCACAAUAAUCAGCACCUCCUUUGAAUCCCCAGUCAGUAACACUUACCUCUCCACAAUAGUCAGUACCUCCUUUGAGUCCCCUGUCACUAACACUUAUCCUUCUACGAUAGUCAGCUCCUCCUUUGAAUCCCCAGUAACUAAUACCUACCCCUCUGCAGAAGUGAGCGCCUCUUUUGAUUCCUCAGUCACUAGCGCUUACCCUUCUACAAUAGUCAGUACCUCCUUUGAGUCCCUAGUCACUAACACUUACCAUUCCUCAGUCGUAACCAAUAGUUAUCCAUCAGUGACGUCCCCAUCCUCUGAGAUUGCAUCCACUCUAACACCAAGGACAAUUGAGAUCUGAAAUUGUUCAAGGCUCCAGUAUUGGACUUGUUUUUAUAUAUGUAAACUUCACCUAGCUAUUGUGUAUUUGUAUGCCAAGUAUUACACCUUCACAAUUCUGCAGAUGCUAUUCAUGUGAAGAUUGUUCAAUGGGGUUGGGGUGGGGGGGAUGUUUGCAUAUUCCAUCCUGUAUUACUUGGAGUUGGUGGGACCUUUGGGAAACCUUUCCAUUGUGCAAAUGCUAUCAUUAGUUCCUUUCAAUGAAACAAAAAGCAUACCUGGAAUGCAAUGAGGUGCCAGCAUGUGCAGGAGAUGUUUGUUAUUCUGUGGAGGUCACAUCCGUACUUGCCUAGUGGCAGAACCCUUCUUUGUCUCUCAGUUUGUUUUAAAACUAUAAGCGGUCUGUGUGCCUUCUAUGUGUAGCUUGCUGACAUGUGUGUCUAUUAGUGGAUACACUGUAUUAAAGCCUUAAAGGUGAAGGAGAUGGUCACUGAAGGCACUUUGCUGUUGGAAGGGAUAUUAGAGGGAAGGGGAAGAAAUGCCAAAUGAACAUUUCUUUCAAAUGUAAGCAAAAAAAAAUCAAAAGUAUAUUUUUGUAAUCUAAGUGUAAAUAGAUUCAGAGCCCAGAUGUUACUGUUACCUACCAAGUAGGCGUGUAUUUUUUGUAUGUUCUCAACAUGCGUUUUGUAUGGUGGAUACAUUUCAACAUAGUGUUUGUGAACGGAGCGCCUGAUGUUCUCGCUUCUUACACAUUGGAAUGCGCUUUACUGCCAAUUGGAUAUUUGGUGUACAAUAUAUCCUUGAGGAAA